AUGCCGGUGCCAGAGCCUGACGUGGAGGUGCCUGCGGGUGACACCAAGAAGGGUGCAAAGCUCUUCAAGUCCAAGUGUGCUCAGUGCCACACAAUCGAGCAAGGUGGCAACGUCAAGCAGGGCCCUCCGCUCUGGGGCCUCAUUGGUCGCACUUCCGGCACCUGUGAUGGGUUUGCGUACUCGGAAGCGAACAAGAAUGCUGCCAUCUUGUGGUCGGACAAGCACUUGUUCGAGUAUCUGCUGAACCCGAAGAAGUACAUUCCUGGAACCAAGAUGGUCUUUGCAGGCAUCAAGAAGGAGAAGGAGCGAGCGGACCUGAUUGCUUACAUGAACGAGAUGAAGUGA